AUGUUCGGGCAGAAGUGGGUCAGCGGUGCGGAGGGGCGGGUGGAGGUGCGGAGCCGCCCGGUGCCGCCCGGUGCCCCAUGAGCCGCCCGGCACCGCACUGAGCGCCGCCGGAACGAUGCGAGCCCAAAUCGAGGUGAUCCCCUGCAAGAUCUGCGGGGACAAAUCCUCGGGGAUCCACUACGGCGUCAUCACCUGCGAGGGCUGCAAGGGUUUUUUCCGGCGGAGCCAGCAGAACAACGCCAGCUAUUCCUGCUCACGGCAGAGGAACUGCCUGAUCGACCGCACCAACCGCAACCGCUGCCAGCACUGCCGCCUGCAGAAAUGCUUGGCGCUGGGCAUGUCCCGUGAUGCGGUGAAGUUUGGCCGCAUGUCCAAGAAGCAGCGGGACAGCCUCUACGCCGAGGUACAGAAGCACCAGCAGAGACAGGAGCAGAGCGGUGGCCCCAAGGAUGAGCCCGAACCCCUGAGCCGCAUCUACACCACCAGCGUCAGCAGUGGCCUCUCAGACCUGGAUGACAUCUCCACGCUGUCUGACGGGCUCCUCUUCGACUUCCCCCUCACUCCUGAUGGCAGCAGCACCUACUACAACCUCGACCUGCUGGCCUCGGCGCAGCCCUCGCCUGAUCAGUCCAGCCUGGAUGUGGCCGACGCCACGCUCAUCAAACAGGAGUCCAUCUAUGAGCUGAUGCUGGAGCCAGCCCUGUUUGCGCAUGGGGCGCUGGAGGGCAGCCAGCUGGCUGGGGACAUCUCCGUCCUUGAGAUCGACCGGAUCGCCCAAAACGUGGUCAAGUCGCACCUGGAGACCUGUCAGUACACAGCAGAGGAGCUGAAGCACCUGGCCUGGAGCCUCUACUCCCCAGAGGAGGUCCGUGCCCUGCAGAGCAAGAGCUGUGAGGCCAUGUGGCAGCAGUGCUCGCUGCACAUCUCCAAUGCCAUCCAGUACGUGGUGGAGUUCGCCAAGCGCAUCGAUGGCUUCAUGGAGCUCUGCCAGAACGACCAGAUCAUCCUCCUCAAAGCCGGUUGCCUCGAGGUUCUCCUGCUCCGUAUGAUCCGAGCCUUCAACCCCCUGAACAACACCGUGCUCUUCGAGGGGAAGUUUGGUGGCGUGCAGAUGUUCAAGGCGCUCGGAUGCGACGACCUCAUCAGCGCUGUCUUCGAGCUGGGAAGGACCCUGUGCCGCCUGCAGCUGUCAGAUGAGGAGCUCGCCCUGUUCACUGCCGCUGUGCUGCUCUCCCCGGACCGCCCGUGGCUGACGGAGUCCAAGAAGGUGCAGAAGCUCCAGGACAAGAUUUACGUGGCCCUACAGCACGAGAUCCAGAAGAAACACUCCGCUGAGGACAAGCUCUCAAAGAUGGUCUCCAAGCUGCCCCUGAUGAAGACCAUUUGCAACCUGCACUUGGACAAACUGGAAUUUUUCCGUCUCCUGCACCCGGAGACGGCCAUGAACUUCCCACCCCUCUAUAAGGAGGUCUUCAACUCGGAGCUGCAGUACAGCGACCCACGGGAGAGCUAAGGCUGGGAGCUGCCAGCCCCCUCCCCGGCCCCAAAUCCGGAGACGAACUGAACCCUGAGGUUUGGGGCCGUCCGUUUAAAUCGCGUAACCAAACCCAAGACAGCGGGGUGUUGGAUUGCAAUAGCUCUUGAAUGUAAAGCACCUUUGAAGGAAAAGCAAAAGGACUUUGCCGUACCCGUGAAAUGAAUGUGAAAUCUCCACUCGGGAGAGGAGAUGCUCCUGGAGGUGCGCGGCGCCGACUCGUCCUCGAUCCGGGGGAGCGGAACCAGAGGGGUGUGGGUCGGUGCUGCCCAUCAGCAGAACUCAUAGGGAAGGACACGGAGCGAACCUCACCAUGGAAGAGUCGCCAGGAAGGCGAUGGCAUUUGGAGAAGCGGGGGGUUUUGCAGCCGUGUGGUUUUGUAGCUUCGUGUCCCGACUCACGGCAGCAUCUGUGGGUCCGUCAGCCCCAAUUCUGCCCCCCGGUGUUGGUGGAACCCAUUGAGCGUCCCAGUGCUGAGUGCCAACCGGGGAUGCGCCGCGCGCGUUUCCUGCCCUCCCGGAUCCUGAAGGUGGACAAGAAGGGAAGAGUCAGAAUUGCCUUUUUCAUCUUUGGGAUUUGUCAACGUCAGCGUCGCCGUCUUCAUUUCAUCGGCAAAGAAAGCAUAAAAGCACCUUAAACUGGGGAAGGAUGAACCCUGGUGGGAGAGAUUUGGGGUUCUGAGCGAGAGGAGCCCACAUGGGAAGAGUGGAAGUAUUGAAUACCAAUAAUUCAACUGCCCAACACGGGAACCUGCACUUUUCAGUUCUCUUUAUAGGAACGGACUCGUUGAGUUAUUUAUUGAAGGGAUGGAGUGGAUUUUCACAAGGAGGGGCUUGGGGCCCUGCAGUGCUGCCAUCCCAAAGCCAAACCCAGGGGUCUUGGUGGUACGUGUCAAAAGGGAUGGGAAUGGAGCGCCGGAACCUUAACCCUACCCCUUACCUCCACCUCUAACCCUAAUCCCCAACUCUUAACCCUAACCCCUACCCCUAAUCCUAACUGUAACCUCUAACCUAUGACCCAGAACGCUACCCCUAAUCCUAACCCCUAACUCUUAACCCUAACCCCUAACUCUUAAACCCAACCCAUAAUCCUGACCCCUAACCCCCACCCCUAAACUUCACCCUAACUGUAACCCCUAACCUAUAAACCUAACUCUUACCUCUACCCCCUAACCAUACCCCCACUCCUAUCCCUUAACCCGUAACUCUUAACCCUGCCCCUAAUUCCUACCCUUAGCCCCUUACCCCUAGCCCCCUACCCUUACCCUACCCCUACCCCUCUUACCCCUACCCCUCUUACCACCUACCCCUUUCCCCCUUACUCCCUAACCCUCUUCUUCUUUUCCUACCCCUAACCCCUGCCCCCUAACCCUCUUACCCUUAACCCCUACCCCCCUUAUCCCUACCCCCUUACUGUACCCCCUAACCCUUUUACCCUUAACCCUUUUCCCCCUUCCCCCUUUCCCUCCAUCCCUCACCCCUCUCCCUCACCCCACGUUCCAGCCCCAUGGGGCCGCGCUCUCCAUGUGCGCUCCGUUCCACGUGGAUGCGUUCAUCUGCCCGCGUCCCCCCACCCUGUGUAUAAAAACAGAUCAAACAUAAAUUAUAUCUAUUCCUGUGAAUGUCGGUGCAAAGAGAAUGCUCUCGACGAAGCUCCGAUGGCUUUUAUCUUAUUUUAAGCUCUAUGAAUGAAUGGAAGGAAUGGGAGAUCCCGCGUUCCGUGUCCCGGCUCUGCACCCAUGGGUGCUGGUGGCCCCGAUGGGAACCCACUGCCGUUUAGGGGACGUGAGUGGGAUGUUCUGUCCGAUGGGAAUUUCUAUUUUUUUAAAGAAAAGAAAAUGAUGAAUAAAACCUCUUUGGGCCCACGCAGCCGUAGGA